AGUGUGCAUUUGGAGCACAGUUGUCGCUGCAGCAGCGCCGCCGCCGGUCGCUUCGGUGGUGACACUUGUUACCUUUGACUUUAAACCGUGCGUGUCAACGCUAGCUCGGCUCGGACCCGUGUGGGCUGGGUUAGGCCGGUGCUUUACCAUUCUUGGUGGCUUGAACGGGAAAUAUAAUGGCGGCCGCGGAUCCCCGGUCCUCGAGUGACGGUGGGGCGGCCAGCAGAGGAGGAUUCCCGGACGCGGAGAGCAGGAACGACCGCGACGGGCCGGGCGGAGGCGGCGGUGGCGGCGGGGAGGGAGAACGGGAGCGGGACCGGGCCACCUUCGAGUGCAACAUUUGUUUGGACACUGCCAGGGACGCUGUCAUCAGUAUGUGCGGCCACUUGUUCUGCUGGCCCUGCCUUCAUCAAUGGUUGGAGACGCGGCCCAGCAGGCAGCAGUGUCCCGUCUGUAAAGCAGGCAUCAGCAGAGAGAAAGUCAUCCCACUGUACGGCAGAGGGAGCUCCAGCCAGGAGGACCCCAGGUUAAAAACUCCACCUCGGCCUCAGGGGCAGAGGACAGAGCCAGAGAGCAGAGGCGGGAUGUUCCAGGGUUUUGGAGACACCGGCUUUCACAUGUCUUUUGGCAUCGGUGCUUUCCCCUUUGGCUUCUUCACAACAGUCUUCAACACCAACGACCAUUUCCACAGAGCAGAUCAGUACGCAGGUGAUCACCAAGGCAACGGGAACCUCAACAACGGCAAUAACAACUGGCAAGAUUCCCUUUUCCUGUUCGUGGCCAUUUUCUUCUUCUUCUGGCUGCUGAGUGUGUGAUGGAGGUGGGAUGAGUGAGUGAGUGAAUGGAUGGAUGAGUGGAUCAGCAGGAGGGAGGAGUGCAGACACACACACACAAACACACAGACAGACAGACAGUAUUAUGUGAUCUGAUUCUUUUUUUAGUGUGAGUGAAGCACUGCAGAAGAGACGUGUGUGUGCGUGUGCGUGUUUUGGUUGACCUCCCUCCUCUGAGUCGGCAGUUUUGUUCCUUAAACAUCAAGAGGAAGAUGUCGCUAUAGCAACCAUUUCUGGCCAAAGAGUCGCGGAGCGGCCGCGUAUCUUGUAACGUGCUAGGAUUCUUAAAAACUGAGUGAUGUAGGUAACAAACAUAGCACAGAUGGAUGCAUUUUCAUGUCCUUUUGUCUUAACAAAACCUGCCAUUGCACUGUGACGUCAUUCGUAGGUGGCGCUGUGCGUAACGUUCAAGAGAAACAAACAUGUUGCUCCUUUUAUUCACAACAAAAAUGGAGAUUAAGGAGAUUAUUUCUGGGAACAAUGUGAGAGUAAAAGAAAAACAAUAAACCUCUCACACACACAGUUUGACUUUUGUCUGUCCCAGCAGGGAGACACUAGCUAUGUUUACAUGAAUUACAACAUUACAACUCUGUUGUUUACAUGGACACAAAAUGAAGUGAUGACAUUGUGGUGUGUGUGUGCACAUGCAUCAAGAGUUCAGUCAGAACAGACCAUUGUGACACGUGCAGUGUUUGUAAUAAUUAAAAGAAGCUUCACUUCUACAGUAAACCAACACUGCACGUGUCUGCUCGUCCCCUCACUGUCCACCAGAGACACCGCCGUGCAAUAUUCUCAUUAUAUUGCAACAAUACUGAGUAUCGUGUAUUACUACUAUACUAUACUCAGUGAGUGAGCACUUGGCACCAUCUAGUGGACUGAAAUAUCUAUUGAUUUCUUUUUUAUGCCAAUCCACAAAGAAGUUUGACGUUUCAAGUAAAAUUAAAGUUCUUUAUCACUUUAUACUAAAAAUAAAAGUAAUACUUGGUGUCUCAAAGGCGAUAUUUGACGUUUACGUGGAUCAGACACGUGAUCUACCGGUCCUCUCGUCGAUCAGAGUUUUAGGAUUGACACGUCAUCUGUGUCCAUGUAACCAUAGCUACCGAGUUAAAGUCAGUGCAGUGUAACAAGUGUUGAGGUCAGAGUUAAAUAACCAUGAGCUCCAGUGUGAUUCUCAAAUCUUUCUGUCGCAGUCGACUUCUUUCUUUUCCUCACUCCUCGUGUCCGAGUGUGUGUACAUUAUAUAUUUGUAUAUAUGAAUAUUGUAAAUGCUGUUUUUACAUGUUUGACUGGACGAGCAGCCGUAGAGACGUACGAGUUAGCCUCAUGAUGCUUUUGUAAAGCAACAAAAUCUUUGGUUCUUGGUUUCAAUAACUUUUUUUUCCCACCCCAAGUUAUUAACUGCUCUCUCAAUAAGUGAAAUAAAUGUCACCAUAGUGAAAA